AGUGCGAGAGGGGCGAGAGCAGGGAGAGACAGAGAGGGAGAAGGAAUGUUCCCGGUGAAGCAGUCCAAAAUGGGCGAGCUGGAGACAUCACGGGGAUCGUCGCGGUAACGUUGUCGCAUGUUUGUUUAGGCCUGUCGCAUUAACCUGGGCGUCGCCGUCCAACUGUCAACGAGGAAAAUACGCGCGAGCGAGGUUAAUCGAGACGUCGAGCGUGAGUACGCGGCCGAGAGAUGACCGCGACGACGGACGAAGCACUGCUGUCCGAUUUGCGCUCCGAGAUCGAGCGCCUGUCACGGGAACUCGACCUCGCGUCCACGGAGAAGAUCCAGUCGGCACAGUACGGACUCGCCCUGCUCGAGGAAAAAUCCACGCUACAACAAAGAUGCAACGAGCUGGAGGGACUCUACGAGAACACCAAGCACGAGCUCGACAUUACUCAAGAGGCUUUAAUAAAAUAUCAAACAACUACAAAAUUGACAACACGUAGUGGCAUUGAACAAGAAGAGAGCUUAUUACAUGAAAGUGCUGCGCGUGAAACUAGUUUACAAACUGAAAUUAUUGAACUUGAAAACGAAGUAAAACAGUUAAGACACGAAUUAGAACGAGUAGAAGCUGAACGAGAUCAUGCUUUACAAGAGAAAGAAGACAUUAGUAAGGAUAAUUAUUUAGUAGAGUCAGAGCGAAGAAGCUUACGCACCCAACUUAAGGAAUGUAAAUUUCGUAAAACGAGAUUGCUUCAAGACUACACAGAACUUGAAGACGAAAACAUUUCCUUGCAGAAACAGGUAUCUACUCUACGCUCGAGUCAGGUUGAAUUUGAAGGUGCCAAACAUGAAAUUCGCAGGUUGACAGAGGAAGUCGAACUUUUAAAUAGUCAAGUUGAAGAGUUAUCAAAUUUAAAAAAAAUAGCUGAAAAACAAAUGGAAGAAGCGUUAGAGUCACUGCAAGCGGAGCGAGAAGCAAAAUAUGUUCUUAAAAAGGAGCUCGAUCAACGAAUGAACAGUGAAUCUAUCUAUAACCUUAGUAAUCUUGCGCUUUCUAUUCGAGGUAUUACGGAUGAUCAAACUAUAUGCAGUGAUGGCGAAGAUGAUUCUCCAGCAUUACAAAGAAUUGAGGAUGAUUUGAAAACUCAAGAGCCUGGAACUUCAACAGCGAAUAAACAGGUUGACUUGUUCUCGGAAAUUCAUUUGAAUGAAUUAAAGAAGCUUGAAAAGCAACUAGAAAUGGCUGAGACCGAAAAGGCUAUGUUGACGCAAAAUUUAAAAGAAUCUCAGUGUGCCGUUGAAAAAAGUCAAACAGAAUUACAAUCCUUCAUAGCUCGAAUUGUUCAAUUAGCAGCUCAUGUACAAUCGUUGCAACAUAUUCAUUCCAAACUACCGAAAAAACAAAAUGAUGAAACAACUCUUGAUAAGCUUAAUUUGGCCGUAAUACAAUAUCAUCAAUGGAGUACAAUGUCAGCUCAAGAACUACAACAACUUCAAAAGGAUUUGGCUGAGUUAGAGAAAGGUCUGACGAUUUCAGAUUCAACCCAACAUUUAAGAACAGAGCUGACAAAUCUUCGUAAUAAGCUUUUGGACACGGAGCAGAGAAGCAUGUUACUAGAGUCGGAUGUUAGCAUUCUUUCAAAACUCGCUGCGGAAGCUGGUAGUUCAUUAGAGUCUGCCCAAAAUGAUCUUCAAAACAUGUCAGAUGAACUCGCUCAGCUUUAUCAUCAUGUUUGUACAGUGAAUGGUGAAACACCAUCAAGAGUUAUACUUGAUCAUGAAAAAAUUGUUCCUGAAAAUGAAGACGAUGGUAGUAAAAUUGAAUGGUGCAGAACAUUAUUUAAGACAGACAUCAAAAUUAAAGAUCUUGAAAGUCUUAGUAGAGCUAAAGAAAUUACCAAGAAUAUUGAGACGGCCAUGGAUCAAAUCAAACAUUUAAAGAAUGCAGUUGAGCACACAAUCGAGCUGUCCAAAUUCAAGGGAAACAAAACUCAAAUGUGCACUGUGUGCGAAGGUGAUAAUUUAAAAUUAAAAUCCUCAGUUAGUGAGAAUAAGUUGGAAGUAACAGAAUUACAAGAGCAGGUUAUUCGAUUGAAAGCGCUACUUUCUGCCAAACGAGAGCAAAUAGCGACUUUGAGAACAGUUUUGAAGUCUAAUAAAAAUACAGCAGAAGUGGCGCUGAGUAAUCUCAAGAGCAAAUAUGAAAAUGAAAAAACUAUUGUUAACGAAACAAUGGUUAAGCUGAGAAACGAGCUAAGAUCAUUGAAAGAAAGUGCAGCAACGUUUUCAAGUUUACGCGCAAUGUUUGUGGCGCGAUGCGAGGAGAAUGCGACUCGGGAGGACGAACUGAAGCGCCAACUCGCCGUGGCCGAAGAAGACCGCAAGACUCUUAAUCAGCUGCUACGCCUUGCCGUGCAGCAGAAACUCGGCCUGACAAUGAAGCUAGAGGAACUCGAGGUCGACAGGGAGCUGCGCAAUACAAGGAGGCACCCGACAAGCGCCGGUAACGGCGGCGGGGGAGGAGGAGGAAACGGAAACAGGGGCCGUGGAAGGCUCUCCCAUCAGACGAACCGUCCCCAUCAAGGCAGGGAAUUUUUCUAGAAGAUGGUUAAGAUGUGGAGCAAGAUAUUUUGAGAGAAGCCCCGGGAUUGCAACGGUGAACUCGACAGACUGUCUAAGAGAUAUUGAAGCUUCAUUGCCAUUUGUCAACUGAGCAACUUAGUCAUUUCCGACAGUGUCGAUUGUGUGCGUCGAUGAAUAAAUAUGAACGAGGGAGUAGCUUUUAAUGGACAAGCGAAUAGUCUAUGACGAGAUUUACAUAUAUAGACAGAGAAAUUCGUAAAAGUCGAGUAAUCGAUUGCCACGUGUAAGACUCACUCAGUUGGAAUGUGCAAUAAAUAAGAAACUUUGCCGAGCUUAUCAUAUUCUCUGCGAGUCUAAACAGUACAAGAAAUCAAUUCUAACAGAAAAGUUUCAAAAAGUAUAGUAAUUUUUACCAUUUCACUUUAUACGUGAGAAUUAGUUUUGUUAUAUGGUAUAAAUUCUGUUAGGGAAUCUGUUAGAGAGACGGAUUUCUUGAAGCCAUACAUUGAUUGUCAAAUACGAAAAUUUAUCACUUCAAUAUGAUUAUGCCAAGUGUUUGGAAAUCUAUUGUAUUUGCCAUGAGAGUUCAUAUUGCAAUCCUUAUGAUAAUAUUGCAUAACUUGUUCCAUAUCUCAUCACCAAUAGUUGAUACUUUUGCCCGUUGUUACGACGUAUCGCAAUCUGAUAUAAAAGUCCACGUAUCAAGUGACGCGAAAUAGUGACCACACUUUAAUGUGGAUAAAUUUUUAGAAUGUUGAAUUGCGCUGAAUUUGCGUCUUAUGAAAUUUUUUAUGUGCAUCAGCGAGAAAAAGAAAAAUAUUGUAAAAUGUUGAAAGAAAGAUUUUUCCAAUUUACUUGUCCACUUUUUUAUCUCCGUAGAGGAGAACUGAUAAAAUAUUGAAAGACAGUUAUCGUGUCGAGAAAGUCGUAUAGAUGUGAAUGAAAAAUUGUCAAGAUUGGGUAUAUAUUUUUCAAUAUUCUUGAUUUUUAUAGUGACUUUUUCACUAAAUAUUGAUUACCAAAUUUAUUCAGGAACUAGACUUAGUUCACUUUUAUAACUAACUGCUUUUAUAAAAAUAAAAUGAUAAUACAUAUAUUUAUGAUUUGCGCCAGUUUAAAAUAUUAAGAUGCUUAUUUAAGAGCAAAUUAGAGCAAAAACGACAAUGUGAUUCAACAAUAAUGUAUUGUGACACUUAUAUAAUGCCGCAGAACAUUAUAUAUUCAGUGCAGUCAGUCGAAUUUCUUUUUU